AUCAUAAUUGCACCUUCUUUGGUGACAAAAAUCUUUUUGUCUGUGUAUAGAUUUGAAACUUAGGAUUUUUAACAUGUAACUGGUUUUUGUUUUCCUUUGUUUUCUCGUGUUGAGUUUCACAGUGACAGACAGUGCUCCAUAACCAUACCAUAUCACCUCAGCCAUUAAUGCAUAGAUCUAAAGACGACAAAAGAAGUUGCUACUCUCGUCUUGUUUUCUUCCAUGAUUAUGAAUGAAUGAAUGCAUCAAUGCCGGUAGCAGUAAAUGCUGAUUCUUCCCUUUCAACCGCCUUUCAUUAUUAGCCCACUUCUUUUAAUUCCUUCCCAUUUAUGUGAAAUUCUUUCAAGUUUCACCCACUUGCUCCACACUUCCCUUCUAUUCAUUUCCAUCGAUUUUGUCUUCGUUUUUUAUUGUCUGUUUCUCAACUAUCCAACAUUCUUCUCAAUAUCUUAUCUCUACCCCUGUCCCAUAUUUCCGCAAAUUUCUGAAUUUUGAGAAACAAGUAGCUGAUGGGCCUUUAACCAAAGCUGCAAUCUUUAGGGCUCUUGCUGAACUUGUGCAAAUGGGGUGUUCAAAUUACUGUGUUUUAGUGUUUCUUUCAUGGCUGCUGCUUGCUUCGAGCACUCAUGAGCUGAAAAGCUACGAAACGCAAGUUCUUCUUCAGCUGAGGAAGCAUUUGGAGUACCCUCUGCCUCUCAGCAGCUGGGAGAAUUACGAUGCCGAUUUCUGCAAUUUGUCGUCUCCACCGCAGCUCACCAUCAAAUGUGAGAAUGAUUCUGUCACCGAGCUUCGAAUCAUGGGAGACAAGCCUGCAAAGGUGAGUACCGAAUUCAGCGGGUUUGCAAUCCCAAAUCUCACAUUGUCUCAGAGUUUCUCUAUGGAUUCUUUCAUUACAACGUUGACGAGGUUGUCCAGCUUAAGGGUUGUCACUCUAGUGGCUCUAGGCAUAUGGGGUCCACUGCCUGAUAAAAUCCAUAGGCUAUAUUUGCUAGAAGCUUUAGACAUGAGUUCAAAUUUCUUGUUUGGUUUGAUCCCUUCUCAAAUGUCAAGAAUGGUUAAGCUUAGGAGUUUGAGCUUUGAUGAGAACUAUUUCAAUGGUAGUGUUCCCGAGUGGUUGGAUUCGUGGUCGAAUCUCACUGUGUUGAGCUUAAAGAACAAUAGAUUGAGUGGUGAAGUCCCUUCUGCAGUGUCAAGAAUUACAGCACUGAGUGAGCUAGUAUUGUCACACAACUUGCUCACUGGGAAGUUGCCUGAUCUGAGCAGCCUCUCGAGUUUGCAGUUGCUCGAUUUGAGAGAGAACGGUUUGGACUCCGAAUUGCCUUCCCUGCCAAAAGGGCUGGCUAAUGUGUUUCUAAGCAACAACUCGUUUUCUGGUAGCAUACCCCAACAAUUUGUUAUGCUGGAUCAACUUCAGCAUCUUGAUUUGUCGAAUAAUCAUCUUAGUGGAACCCCUCCUGCUCUGCUUUUCUCUCUCCCAAAUAUUAGUUACUUGAAUCUGUCAUCCAAUGCUCUUAGUGGAUCACUUGCUGAGCAUCUUAACUGUGGAGUGGGACUUAGUUUGAUCGAUCUUUCUGAUAAUAAAUUGGUAGGCCAGCUUCCCGAUUGCUUGGACAGUGCAGGAGAGAACAGAAUAGUCAAAAUUAGUGGGAAUUGUUUCUCCACUGAUGCAAGAGAUCAGCAUUCUGCAGCAUACUGCAGAGACGUUGAUAAGGACAAAGGAGGAUCUAGAAUGAGGGAGAUAGUCGUUCUGGCUGGUGUGAUUGGGGGAAUUGUCGUUGUAGUGAUAAUCCUCUUGCUCGUUGGUCUUCUCUUUUUCUGUAAAAGGCACCGAACACAGCAUGCUGUAGUUCAGCAUAUUGCACCUAAGGUUAAGCAAGACGAUCCACCAUCUGGGAUUUCCUCCGAACUCCUAGCAACUGCCCGGAUCAUUUCUCAAGCAUCAAAAGUUGGGAAUCAAAGUUCUGCAUCGUAUAGGGUGUUUACUGUAGCAGAACUUGAAGAAGCUACAAAAAACUUUGAUCAGUCGACUUUCUUGGGCGAGGGUUCUUUCGGAAAGGUUUACAAGGGAAGGUUGGAUAAUGGAAGCUCUGUCGUUAUACGGUCUUUAACUCUAUAUAGAAAAUGCUCAAUUCAAAACCUCAAGCUGCGGCUUGAUUUGCUUUCAAAGCUUCGUCACCCUCACUUGGUUGCCCUUCUUGGUCACUGCAUUGAUGAUGGAAUGCAAGAUGACUCGUCUGUACGUAGGUUGUAUCUCGUUCAAGAAUACGUUCCUAAUGGAAACUUCCGCUCUCAUCUUUCAGAGAACUCCCCGGAGAAGGUCCUGAAGUGGGCAGAAAGAUUGGCCGUUCUAAUUGGUGCAGCCAAGGCUAUCCAUUUUCUGCAUACCGGGGUAAUUCCCCCGUCUCUGAGCAAUCGUCUAAAGACCAACAAUAUACUGAUCGACGAGCAUGGGAUUGCAAAGCUUAGUGAUUAUGGAAUGUCCAUCAUUGCAGAUGAAACUGAAAAAUCUGAUGCAAAGGGAGACGCGAUCAAAUCAGGGCAGGUCGAUAAGUUGCAGGAUGAUGUUCACAAUUUCGGGUUCAUAUUACUGGAGUCUUUGGUAGGUCCUAUAACAAGUGGAAAAGGAGAAGCAUUUCUACUAAAUGAGAUGACGUCGUUCAGCAGCCAAGAUGGUAGGCGAAAGAUAGUGGAUCCAAUGGUGCUAACGACGAGCUCACAGGAAUCGUUGUCGAUAGUGAUAUCAAUCACCAACAAAUGUAUAUCGGGUGAAUCCUCAGGGCGGCCCUCGUUUGAAGACGUGCUGUGGAACUUGCAGUACGCAGCUCAAGUGCAGGCCACGGCCGAUGCAGAUAGCGCGUCUCAUCAGAGCUUCGGUUAAGAAGGAGCCUCAUUCUUUUAUUAACUUCAUAGUAGUAGAUUUACAGGUUAGAGAGUGAGAUUGCCAAAAUGUAAAUGAUUGAUUUCCCACAGUUUGAUUAUUUAUUUAUUUAUUUAUCCUUGGGAGGAAGGAAGCACUUGAAUGAGCAGUGAAUUGAUUUGUGUUACUAAUAGAGUUAGGCAUUGAGUUA